GGUAGCUAUGAAAGGACAACACGCAACGGAGUUGUCUUCAUCGUGAAGGCAGCAGUGGAGGAAAGUAGCGCGCCGCAGAGCAGAGCGGAGCGUCCCUUCUCUCAUUUUCCUUGUGUGCAAAGCCAAGUCUCCCACACCUGAUAUUACCAUGUUUCAUCCAUCCCCAACUACCUACGCUCCCAAUUUUCUUUACCCAUCCGCCCCUGGCACUUAUCCUAUUGGAAUCGCUGUAAUAUGUAGGGAGGGUGGGCUGGCUCGCAGCACCGGACGUGUUAUAGUAUUAUUCUAGUCAUAGCAGAGGGGGAGGAACUUCAAACAAGUGCCUCGCUGCGUGAUAGGGCUUCGAUGAAUUACGGGCUAAAGAGAUUAGUAUUAUCUAGGACAUGGAUCAAGUCUGCAUCUGGUCAUAUAGAUGCCAUUAUCAAGUUUUCCCAUCACACAAAGUCCUUGACCUGCAGUCUCUUGUCUCUAGAAAAUUUCUUGUUCCAUUUUGUCAACCGCUCUUAAGUAACAGUUUGCUUCAGUACAUCAUUACCGAGGAUAAAGACUGGAAAUAUCUGUUGGAUGGAUUCAUUCGCUAAUCUUCUCUUGCAAUUCUGUCGUUGUCAGUGCAUUGCAGUGACAAUCGUUAUAUCCUUUGGGAAGCAAACUUGUGGCAGAGUCAGGACUGCACGUAAUGGAAUCUGUCCGUUUUUACUCGUAUCUGGGAAUUCUACAAUUUUGUGAUCCUGAUGCUAGUUUUUUGUUGCCCUCACUUCCAGUAUUUGUGAUCAACGCAUGCUUCUAAGGCUCUGAAUUGCAUCUGUGGUUGCCCUAUAGUGGGUUGCUUUCUCAUAUGUUGGAGUACAGCUGAAAAUUUGCUGUUGAAUUUUGUUAAUUUAACCCGUCUUGUCAUUUACAUGUCAUAGUGUAAAGUUUAACAUGUAUAGAAACUUCAUUCCUUUUCUGGGAAGCAAUAUCAUCUCCAAUAAGUAGUGGUGGUGCGCCACACAACGUUUGAAUUGAUUGCAAGAAUGGAAAGUUAUCAUAAUGGUAUCUGUAGGUACACAAUAAUUAAGGAAGUUGGUAAUGGUACGUUUGGAACUGUCUCACGAGCCCUAAGCAAGCAGUCUGGUGAAGUGGUUGCAAUUAAGAAAAUGAAGAAGAGAUACUAUUCAUGGGAAGAAUGUAUUAAUCUGAGAGAGGUCAAGUCUUUGAGGAAAAUAAGUCAUCCGAACAUAGUUAAGCUGAAGGAAGUGAUUCGAGAGCAUGAUGUGUUGUACUUUGUCUUCGAGUACAUGGAGUGUAACUUAUAUCAACUUAUGAAAAACAGAGUGAAAUCUUUUUCGGAAGUUGAAGUGAGUAAUUGGUGUUUCCAAGUAUUUCAAGGUCUUGCAUGCAUACACCGACGUGGAUAUUUUCAUCGUGACCUUAAGCCAGAAAAUUUGCUGGUAUCUAAUAAUCGGAUAAAGAUAGCUGAUUUUGGACUCGCUCGGGAGAUCAAUUCCCAACCACCUUUCACUGAAUAUGUUUCCACGCGUUGGUACCGGGCCCCAGAAGUUUUGCUGCAGUCACCAAUAUAUGGUCCUCCCGUCGACAUGUGGGCAAUGGGUGCAAUAAUGGCUGAAUUAUUCACGCUUCGUCCUCUAUUCCCAGGUUUAAGUGAGGCAGACGAAAUUUUCAAGAUAUGUUCUGUGAUCGGAAGUCCAACACAAAUUGAGUGGUCUGAAGGGCUUGAACUUGCUAGUGCCAUCAAUUUCCAGUUCCCACAGGUUGCAGGGGCGCCUCUCUCUAUGCUGAUGCCAGGAAUCAGUGAGGAUGCUGUUCAUCUAAUAGCUUCGCUGUGUUCGUGGGAUCCAUGCAAGAGGCCAACAGCUGUGGAAGCCCUUCAGCAUCCACUCUUCCAGAACUGCUUUUACAUUCCUCCAUCUCUGCGUUCCAAAGCUGCUCCUCUAAGAACAUCUCCUGUUAGAACAAAGGAUGGUUUGGAGCAAAAAUGUAGUAACAGAUACCCAGGAAGUUUAUUGAACCAGAAGCCCAUGAAUAAUAGCUUUUGUUCCUCUCAGUCUUCUUUAACAUCAGGAGUGCAGAGAAAAUUGGACCUAGUACAUGAUGCCCCUAUAACUGGCAAAGCCCAAAAGAACUAUGUAAAGCAAGCUGGGAAGUAUCGGCUCAAAGCAGCCGGUAACUUGGGAAGUGCUCGUGGUGUUUCUGAUGCAUCUGAGAAGUUGGCAAACAUGACGGUAGGCACAGGUAGGCUGUUGGCUAAGCCAUCAGUGCCACGGUGUGCGAAGGCCGGAGGUUGGCGUGAGAAAUCCAGCCUGUACAUUGGACGAUCACAAGAACUCGCCGGAAGAUCAUAUUCCCGGAAUGUGGUUGAGUAAAUUAAUGCAACCCCUGUUUGUUUGUCCAUGUGGAUGGAGGGAGAUAUAUGCAGACGCGACGGCAGCGAGAACACACAAAACAUGGGCAAAGAGCUGGAAAUUUGCGAGCAACUCGGCUCGUGCCUCGUGGAGAGUCGAGCGGCACACAAUGUUGUCCCCCUUGAGGAGGCAGCCGUCCGGCAUCAUGGGGCCAUAGAGGGUGGCGGCAGUCUGGCAGAACCAGAGGCCCUGGAGAGCCACGGAGAUGCCGCAGCACAGAUCCACGGGGAAACUGGUGGGCAUGAUGGCGCCGGCAAUGGAGGACGCUAUGCAGAGGCCUAUGAGGACAACCAGGAUGAAGUGGUAGUACCCCUCCAGGCCCUUGUGAUUCGUCGAGUGGAACUCAAACAGGAGGUAUUCUGCUGCAAAUGCUGCCGACACCACCAGGCAUAAACCUCCUUCAGGCAACGGAACCCAUCUGUUACUUAUUAGUUAGUUAGGUAGGUUGUCAAAGACAUACAUACACAACCAAGUCCAAGUGUUUUACACGACAUAA